AUGUCUGGCCAAACCGCGCGUUUGAAUGUGGUUCCCACAGUGACGAUGCUCGGGGUAAUGAAAGCCCGUCUCGUCGGAGCAACAAGAGGCCACGCUCUCCUCAAAAAGAAGAGUGAUGCCUUAACUGUUCAAUUCAGGGCACUUCUCAAGAAAAUCGUCACAGCAAAAGAAUCCAUGGGAGAUAUGAUGAAGACUUCUUCUUUCGCCCUCACCGAAGUCAAAUACGUCGCUGGCGAGAACGUCAAACACGUCGUCCUCGAGAACGUCAAAGAAGCUACGUUGAAAGUUCGUUCGAGGCAAGAGAACAUUGCUGGUGUGAAGCUUCCAAAGUUUGAUCAUUUCUCUGAAGGUGAGACCAAGAAUGACUUAACCGGUUUAGCUAGAGGUGGUCAACAGGUGCAAGCUUGCCGUGUGGCUUAUGUGAAAGCCAUUGAAGUUCUGGUGGAGCUUGCUUCUCUCCAGACAUCUUUCUUGACGCUUGAUGAAGCCAUCAAGACGACGAAUCGCAGGGUGAAUGCUCUGGAGAAUGUGGUGAAGCCGAAGAUUGAGAACACAAUCAGCUACAUCAAGGGAGAGCUUGAUGAGCUGGAGAGAGAGGAUUUCUUCAGGUUGAAGAAGAUUCAGGGAUACAAGAGGAGGGAGACGGAGAGACAGGCGGCUAACGCAAAGGCGUUUGCUGAGGAAAUGGUUCUUGAAGGAAUAUCAAUGCAGAGAGGGAUUUCGAUAAACGCUGCUCGUAGCUUGCUCGCUGGUGGUGCUGCAGAGAAGGAUUCAGAUAUUAUUUUCUGA